AUGAAGUUGGAAGUGUUCUGUGGCGGACAUUACGACGCGAAACCGAUGGAGGUGUGCAGCGACGCUGAGGGCAGUAUCCCCUCGCCCCUGUCGGGAGAGGAGGAGUUGGGCUCGGACGGAGACUGCGUGGUGCACAGCCCCGCACCUGUCGCACCGGGCGCAGAGGGCAAAGGCAAACCCUAUACUCGGAGACCCAAGCCACCAUACUCCUACAUCGCUCUAAUCGCUAUGGCUAUCCGCGACUCCAGCUCGGGACGCCUGACUUUAGCGGAAAUCAAUGACUACCUCAUGAAAAAGUUUCCGUUCUUCCGAGGCAGUUACACCGGUUGGAGGAACUCGGUGCGCCACAACCUGUCACUGAACGACUGUUUUCUUAAAGUGCUCCGCGACCCGUCGAGACCGUGGGGUAAGGAUAAUUACUGGAUGCUGAAUCCGCACAGUGAAUAUACCUUCGCCGACGGCGUGUUUCGGCGCCGAAGAAAACGCAUCAACAAAAAGUCCAGCAAAGAGCAUGACGACGCCAGGGCAGGCACAGCGGUGCACUCCGGGGACUCCUUCGUCGCGGCGGCUCCGGCCAGCGCCAAAUUUACAAGCUCUUUCGCCAUUGACAGCAUCCUGAGCAGACCCUUCAGGAGAGAGGAGCGCGCCGUACAGGAGACCCACAGAAGCUCUCCCGCUGCCACCGAUGUCAGCUGGCCGAGGCGAGUGCCCGUGGUGCCUUACGUCAUGCGCGGGCCACCUGUUACACUCCCCCACGCAGAGACCCUCCUGGUCAGCACUAACGUAGCGCAGGUGCUUCGAGCCUACGGGGGCGCGUUCGAGGACAUCAACGCCCACCACCACCAAAGGGACUUUUUCCCCGCUCCGCUAAGCUCCGAGUGCCUUUCAGUGCCCCAGGCGACGACAGCUGCGCAUGUGUCAGCUUCUGCAGUGAAAGCUGGGCUCUUCCAUCCAUUUAAAAUAGACUAUCUGCUGUCAUAAUGAUAUGAGACCUUUGGCUAGGACAUUUUGGCACUUUAUAUGUACUGAACAUGUUAUUGACUGUCAACAAAAUACAUUUCAUCAUUCCGUUUCCUUGGAAACUUUGGUUCUGGUCUUUUAUGAGAUAUUGGAAUCGUAUGAAAUGGAGUUCACGCACAAUGAGAGAGCUCUUUGCUCUCGUUCAUGUUCUCCAGACUAAACUCUUAUUUGGUAAUGUAUUUAUGACGUGUUGUUAGCCGUUUUCCCUACUGUACGUAAGUUUUAUUUGUUUAAAUGUUGCUGGUACAGAUUCAGUUUGCCUUAAACGAAAUAUGCAUUUGGUCUGGUCUGUCGUCUUUGCUAUGAAACGAGGCUAACAAUGUUCUUUUGAGAAGUCGAGCAAUGUUGACGUCGCGGCUCAGUUAACUGGUACAAGAGACAAGCACAACUGGCCUUCGUGUGAUAGUUGCGUCACAUAUUUAAACUGGACAGCACUGUAAAUUUCUACUGAAAGAAUGCAUGCCAUUUUUAU